AUGGUCCGGAAAAAAAUGACAAAUGAAGAGCAAUCUCAUCUGUGGAUUGUUGUGGGUAUAGUAAGGGUUGCAAAUGAGCUUGGGGCAGGCAACGGAAAAGCUGCGAAAUUCGCGACGAUGGUUUCCGUGGCUACGUCGACGGUGAUUGGCCUCGUCUUCUGGUUUUUGAUUCUCAUCUUCCACAACGAGCUUGCCCUAAUUUUCUCCACCAGCAAACCGGUCCUGGAAGCAGUAAACAAGCUUUCGGUCCUCUUAGCUUUCACUAUUCUUCUCAACAGCGUCCAACCGGUUCUCUCUGUUAAAUGCUUGCUUCUUGAUUUUUACUUUUUGUUUUUGGGAGUUGCCGUCGGAUCGGGAUGGCAAUCCUACGUUGCCUACAUUAAUCUGGGCUGCUACUAUCUGAUUGGAGUGCCUCUUGGAUUUAUUAUGGGAUGGAUUUUCAACCAAGGAGUCAUGGGUGUGCGGGCGGGGAUGAUAUUUGGAGGAACUGCGGUUCAGACAUUGAUAUUGGCCGUGAUUACUUUUCGAUGUGACUGGGACAAAGAGGCAGAAAAAGCAACCAUGCAUGUGAAGAAGUGGUCAGAGAGGACCUGA